ACAGAUAGUGUAUAUUCUGCAUAACGUACAGCCGCAGGUUGGAAGGUUGAAGGGCAUCUCGCUCUAUCACCAACGGUUAUGUAGUUUCAAACUCGUCUGUGAAAUCAUUACGAUGGCAACGUGCUGGAUUGAGCUCCUGUGAAGCAGACGACACAGACUGCACUCCAGACUGAAGCUGUUGUCCCAGGUUUUGACAGAUGGUAGAGCAAAUGACUGGUAUGAGCCCUUUGAAAUAACAGGCAUUCAGACUGUCAACAGAUGUUGUUGAGGUUGUGGCAAUAGCGGCUUUACCCGGACGUGAAUACUGGCGAGUUCAGGCUGAAGCUCACAGCGACGUGUGUGGGGGACCUGGAUUUGUGAACUACAGAGAAGACAUCCUGUGAAAGGUAACCGACCUCGCGCGAUGCAUCGUUGUGAGCCACACCGCUGUCGAUGGUGUUGACGUAGUGUGACGUAGCGGCCAUGAUGGCGGACCCCUCACAUGGCUCCCCUCAACACAAGGCCUACAGUAACAUGAGGUUUGGUCCGGGCCACAGGCAGGGCCCUUUUCCAGCAUAUGACAUGAGAGUCGACGGCGGCACGGCUGUACGGAACACUGUCAAGAACAUGGUCAGCAAUCUAGAAAACGUCAUCACGAACCUACACGGUAUUGUGGGAGAUUUACGAGUGCUCGUCCACCAGAUUGAUGUUGUGACCAACAAGAUUGAUGGGAAGUACGGUGUUUACUGGGAGAAGUCCGGUUUGAACCACGUCAGUAAUACCCACGAGAAGGUAUCCAAGGCGAAGGACAUGGAUUCAUUUGGUGUGUGUAAAUGGAAAAUGUUGCGAGAAAAGUACGAUUCCACUGAAUUUUCUCCCGAUAUUGAUUGGUCGUAUUUAGGAUUGGGCGAGUGCAAUAAAAAGCCCGACACGAAAGGCGUAGUAGGCAGGAAACUUCAUUCCAAGAAACUCCGACGAGUCAAACAUAUGGACACAUCUGUGGACUCGUCGGGAGUGAGCACUGACUGUGACCUUGACAAUGACGACUUCCGGUUACAAUUUGGAAGUGAUUUAGGAUUGUUCAAAUCCCCGAAUGGAAAAUUUGAUCUCCAUGAUGAAAUAAAUUUUGAUUGUUUGGAAAUGGAUGGCCAUUCCAGUGACCUGGAUUGUGACGUGAAGGCAAGUGUGAAGUCGAGGAACAUCUCACUACCCGCGCCCGUGCCCCAGCACGCAUACUGCAGGGAUGUUACCGGUGGCUGCACAAAGGAAACUUACUGCGGAAUGUAUGAAUCACUCAUGGAAUCAAAAUUAGAAACGUUAUCCAAUUGUGACGCAAACAGUGAAUUUUCGGAGGAACUAGAAGACGAUUUACCGCCUGUAGUGGACGAUGUACCUUCUGUGAAGUCCUUAGACUUUGAGGCGGAGUACAACCGCCAUGUUAAUCCUUGGACAUCUUUCGGUUUGGUACACAUCGACUCCACACAAGAGUCUGAUGAAGUGCUGUCUGAAAGCGCAUCAGACAUUCUCAACGACAACUACAUAGAAACCAGCUAUAUCAAUCCUGGCUUUGAUGACGUUCAACCACUGGUGCAGCAGACUAUAUGUUAGCUAACGCCUAUGUUGUUUAGUCCAUGGAAUUAGGUUACUGUUGUUACUUUUAUGCGGAGGUUUUUUUGGUGCAAGUCAUUUAUUAAUACUCUUCAUAGUCCUUGAUCGUUUCACAAAUUUCUUCAUAUACAUGCAUUGGUAACUCUCGAAAGAAUGAUAUGACGAAUGGAGGCAAUGUAUGGACUCCUUGAAUAAAUCUUAACAGUUU